UAGCCUGGUAGCGGUCGGCAGCAGCAGCAGCAGCAACAACAACAGAAAUGGGGCGGGAAUGCGAAGGGCCAGGAUGACUCUGUAGGAGCGGGCGGCAAAGGCGCGCGAGGCCGAGAAGGUAGCGGCUUUGCUGGCGUCAUGGCGGGCACGCAAGUGCACAUGUGCCAGACCAUAUUUCCCUCUCACGCUAACCACCUCGGGGAGCUGAGCGCUGGGCAACUCCUCAUAUGGAUCGACACCACGGCCUGCUUGGCUGCGGAAAAGCAUGCUGGCAUUUCCUGCGUGACAGCAUCAGUGGAUGACAUACAGUUUGCAGAGACUGCCAGAGUUGGACAAAUUAUCAGCAUUAAUGCUAAGGUAAACCGGGCAUUCACUACCAGUAUGGAGGUCGGUGUCAAAGUUAUGUUACAGGAUUCCCUCACUAACUUUCAAAAACUGAUUUGUGUGGCUUUCUCUACAUAUGUGGCAAGACCAGUAUGUAAUGGCAAGGUUGACUUAAAACCAGUGAAGCUUCUCACUGCACAAGAUUUCCUAAAGCAUACUCUGGCUGCUGAAAGAAGAAAAAUCCGACUGGAUCAUGAACACGUCUGUAAGAACCUGAUGGAAGAAUGUGGCAUGAAUGAUGACCAUGUUUGCAGUAAAGAAGAUGCAAUUUCCACAGAUUUCACCCAUGUGCAGAACAUUGAACUUGUCUUGCCUCCUCAUGCCAAUCAUCAAGGAAAUACAUUUGGUGGCCAAAUUAUGGCUUGGAUGGAAACAGUGGCUGCUAUUUCAGCAAGUCGCCUGUGUAAGCUGCAUCCAACGUUGAAAUCUGUAGAUAUGUUUAAAUUCCGGGGCCCUUCAACUGUUGGUGACCGCCUGGUCUUCAGUGCUAUAGUUAACAAUACUUUUAACAAAAGUAUUGAGGUUGGAGUUCGUGUUGAGGCCUUCAACUGUGAGGAAUGGGCCAAUGGCCAAGCACGUCAUAUUAACAGUGCCUUUCUAAUUUUUAAUGCUGUAAAUAAACACGGAGAGCUUCUUACCUUCCCCAGAGUCAGAUACACUACAAAGGAUGGUUUAAGGAGAUACCAUGGAGCUAUUGCACGGAAGAAAAUUCGAUUAGCCAGAAAAUAUGUUCUUUUGAAGAAGGAAGACAAUUGCACUCCUGACUUCUUGGACAGAGGCAAUCAGGCAUACAUAAUCAAAAGCAAUGUUACAGCACUGACUGUUUUGACAGCAAAGCCUGGAUGGGAGAUAAUAACCAGCACUCUAGACCAUAUAAAAACGUUCACUCUAGAAGAGACAGAUGCUUUGUCAAUCAAGGUUGAAAUGCAAGUACGGAUACCUUCAACACUAGCAUUUUCUCUCUUAUCUGACUUCACACAUCUUGUGCACUGGGCUAAACACUAUUCAACUUGUGAGGUUAUCCAGAUUGUGACUGAAGAUGACAAGAUAUACCACAUUACAUCCCUACCAGAUAAUGGAAAUAAGCCCAAUGAUUUUUUAAUUCUAGUGUCUCAAAGAAAACCCUACCAGACUGGAGAACCUUACAUAAUAGCUGUGAGGUCAGUUGCCUUGAGAUCUGUUCCACCUUCUGAGAAUUACUGCAGAUGUGAAAUCCCAUGUGCAGGAUUCCUGAUCUACCCUGAUGAAAAUGCCUCUUUUGUGUCUUACUGCAUCCAAAGUUCACCUGGUAUUAUGCCUUGCGUUGCUGCAAAUCUUGCUGGUGUAUCAAAAUCAAUUGAGGAUACGGCUUCUGUGUGCAUCCAGUUCUUGGAGUUAAAUAGCAGCGCAAUGAACUGUAUUUAGCAAGCAAUACUGGUUGAAGUGACCAGCAGACCUUUAACUCUUAUGUAUAAACUGUCAUUAACACUAGUGCUUAUCAAGCUGGCAAAUCAGUUCCUACUUGCUUUUAUGAUCUGGAUCUGUAUAUGCUAUCACAAUAUGCCAUAUCAUUGUAGUGUCUGUUGGAUGACAAAUUUAGUAAAUAAAUACAUUUUCUGUCACAAAAAUUU